GGUAACAUGGACAGGAUGCGAGGAACAGGGACUUUUCGGCUAUUCCACUUCAAAUACAACUAGUGAAUGUAUCGGCGGUGGUGAUUGUAGGUAUUGGUACACCGUUGACGAGAUGCAAAUGUGUAUUAUUACAACAAUAGCAUUUUAUUGAAAGACAAUGCAUUAAGAAGAACGUAAGGCAGUCGUCAUACAUUUGUUUUAUCUUUAAUCUAUAAAACUAUGAUUCCUAUGAUCUUCUAAUUGAAGCGAACGUUAAAAAAACAACCAAUUAUGUCAGAUAUUUGUUUGGAUAAGAAGGUGUAAACAAAGGUAUAAUAUUGUCAUGUGACAUAUCCUGUUUUACUGGUUCGCCGCGGGUAUUUCCAUCAGUAGUGUUGUUUACACCACUAAAACGAAAGUAGAACAUUUUAAAACUUACUCUUCCAUUCUGAUUUAAGUUUUCUGUAAACCUUAUUGACAUUGAAAGUAUUGAUCUUGUUCAAGUAUUUUAUGUCGUAGCUUCGACAAGAUGGUCCAGAAACAAAACUACAGAAUGAAUUGUGUUAUUUUUUGUUAUCUUAGAUUGAACAAUGUUUUGUUUUCCCUUUUUCGACUUCCAUUAUCAGGUGGUGGGAUGAUCAAAUCGUCCUUCGUCUGUAGUUUCUGGUCCGUCCAUUCAUAAAAGAUUAUGUUAUCGCAAUUUCUAGAAAAUAAGUACUGAUUGUUUCUUUCUCAAAUUUCAUAUGACGGUUCCAAUUGGUUCAUUGUUGUACACGUUUAUUUAAUUUCUUGUGUGGGUUCCCCCAAUCCCGUAGUUAUAUAUGUUAUAUUUGGGACUGAUCAAGAAAAUGAGCUGGCCACAGGGCAGCCAUCUUAAAUUUUAUAGCUCAAGUUUGUUAUCUCUAUUUCUCAAGAAGUAAACGAAGAACAAUGGUCUCAUUUUAAAUGGACACUCUCAAAACCAGCUGUAUGGAAAAUGUAUCCAAAAGUUACCACAAGAUAUAUUAACUGUCGACAACUGUUCGAGCAGAUAGGAGAAAAGAAGAGAAAAGAAGGGAAAAAUCAAACUCAAAAAUAACUAGAUUUGAUCAAUAUCAAAACACGGGAUUUCAAACAAGAAAAAGAACAAAGAAAUGAUCUCGGACUGACGAUCGCUUUUAUACGUUUCCCUCCCUUCGCUUCCCUUCUCUGACAAACCUUGCACAUGUACCUUAUUCAUACCAUAGGUUUUUGUGAUAUCAGUUCUGUUUUUUGGACACAGCGACACCAAACCCCAGUACACAUCAUGAUGGUCACACAGGCAAUGUUGAUUGACAGCUGUUAUUUGGACCCAACAACACCUAGCCAAAUGAUGCACAGUGACUCUGUGUAUUGUAGACUGACUGGUCACCGAAAAAAGCCUGGUUACCUUCACCAAUUUAUAUAAUAUAAACAGAACACUUUUACAUAUUAAAAAAGAAGCUAUGAAAAUCUAUCAGUAAUAUAUUAUGAAUUAUCAUAAUGAAUGUCUUUGGAUGUAAUUGCAAAAAAAUAGAAAACAAACAUUUAAACAUACAGUGAGUAAAUUGUUCCUGGACAUAUUGAAGCUGACUAUUAUGUCUGAUAAGUUUGGAAGAUUAACCUUGUUUGUAGAUAAGGUCAGAUCUGUGAUUCAAUAGGACCGCAGUAAGUGGACAGUCUCUACAGAGUUUAAAUUUUCUGUAUGAGUUAUUGCCCUUUGAACUUGUGCAAGUCUACAGUAGCUGACUGAGUAGUGGGGAUUCACAGAGUGCGAAAUGACGUCAGAGAAGGAAUUGGUAAAUAUAGGCAGCCAAUGAGCGGUGUUGUAUACGAAGGUAGGUAGUCCGUAAAAGUCAUAUAGUCCCUCAACUAUGCAUAUCAGGAUGAUGAAUAAAACUAGCAUUUCGUCUAUACCUGUUUGGUUUGCCAUGCAAAACAAAGCUGAUGAUACCUUCCUCAGUAGAGAUUUAAACUAUCCCUACUUUUAAGAUUGAGAGUGCGUUGUAAUUGAUGAAGCUUUACCAGCGUGUAUUAGAUAUCUUAAUAUAAAUCAAAGGACUGAGAAUACUGAGAACGCUAUAUCAUUGCCAGUAUAAGUAUAUGUACGAACUCUACUACGACAACCCUACAUUAUGAGAAACGAGGAUACUAUAUCAUUGCCAUUAAAAGUACAUGAGAGUUUAAGUGCAUUUUUGAAAAUUUUGGCGGGAAAACGAAAUUUUCAAAGUGGCAUAUCUUCGUCUUUUUUGAUGCUAUGACCAUGAAACAUUUCACAAACCUUCUUUAGAUUUUGCUCUUCAAAAUCGGUAGUAGAAAAAGCUCAUGUUGAGAAUUUCAUUUUUGACCUUUGUUUGACCCCAUAGCGAGGCCUUGAACUUGACAUAUUCUCUGAUAACAUGUCAUAGGAAAAAAUUAGUCCCGACUAAGAUCUAUAAAAUCCAAAUAACGUUCAUGCAGAACAACAAACGCUUAUGAAGUUAUGGUCGUUCUAAAUAUGUUUUUAGAUCUGUGACCUUAACCUUUGACAUUACGAUCAUGAUUUUUGUUCAAUUGUCUGGAGUUCGUUGUCCGCUAUCAUGUACUAAAAUAUGAACGUACCAUCUUUGUUCGUUCUUGAGAUAAAUUGUUAACAAAAUUUCUGAAAAUAAGAAUAAGAAACUUAAAGAAAAAAACAUAACAAUAUCAAUAGGGAUUUCCAUCCGAAAUGGAAAUCCCUAAUUAAUGAAAAAUUUACGAUCGUGGGCACCAAGUUCCCUCUGGGAUCUCAUGUUAUAACAUACAUAAUGCAACAAUUCAUGAAAACUAAACUGCUGGUGAAGUCAGUCAUGAUUCUUAAUUGACCGUGAACACGACUGGUUUUUUAUACAUUGGCUCAGUGUCGUAGUCUAUCCAUGUGUUUUCCCAGUCACUUUAAUACCGUACGUUGUGUACACACACACCAUUUAAAUGUUUAAUACCCGACAAUGAUUAACAAUUCGUUGAAUUGUAAAGGUUCACAGCAAUUGUUUUGCCCUGUGACUCUUUAAAUAAAUAUAUUAUAUUCUGGCCCUAUUCACUGAAGAUCAUUGCAUACAGAUCAUUUGCGGUGCAUUUUGUGCUUGUGUGUAUAAGCUUUAGUUAUGUCCCCUAUUGUUUUUGGUCCGUUUCUUCUACUUCUUCCUUUUCUUCUCCUUCUUCUUUUUCUUCUUUCAAUCGCAUCCGCCGUGAACUUGUCCGGACGUUUUAACAGAGAUGACUCGACAGAACUGAAUGAAACUUUGCAUACAUAUAGAUGAGGAGGAGAGACAUGGGUUUUUUUAUUCCGAAUUUUGCAAAAGCAACAACACGGAGGCUUCUGAUUAGUCGAAAUUUAGAUAUUGUUCGAUUUUAAUGAACAAUGAAAUUCACCCUUCCACAUCGUUGUUAGCAACGCGGUUGCUAUACAAAUUCAGCCAAUCAGAGCGCGAGUUCGAUUGUCGGCCAUUACCUCCGACAACUUUGUCGGACAUUGACACGAGGGAAAAUACAAACGGCAGUGAAAUAAUGGUGAAGAAGUUCUCCUGGGGAACCUGCAACAGCGACAGCCGAUAUGCAGAAAGAUUGGAGAACUGUGUGACAUUUAUUCCCUUUCCAAAACCCUAAAACCAACCUAGAAACAUACCUGAGAUGGGUGCAGGCUUGUGGACGACCCCAUUCGCAGCUUAACGCAACAAAUAAAGAUAGACACAAGUCCGUUUGUUCAAAGGUAUGUUUAUAUCCCGAUAUUAGAAAAUAUAAUGUAGUAAAGCAGAGUAUAUGGUUGACCAAACAGGCAAUACUCACAUAAUCCUCAAUUUCAUUCAUAUGUUUUUAAUAUGUCUCGAGCAAAACUUAUUAUGACACUGUGUAAACAUAAGAGCUGUCGGUCCAACACAGGGGCAUGCACAGCGGAAUCAUCAUUUCUUAUUUUGAUGUCGUCUGUUCUGCUGGUUUAAUUCAUACGCAUAUAAAGAGUUGCGGAUGUGCAAGCAGCAAACACAUAUCAAUUAUUAUCUUUAAUCUUAAUAAAACCAACAUUUUGUUGACCCAUUAGUUGUUUACAUUACAGCUGUAUUACAUGCCCCUAUGUCAACAAAAUGAAAGUAGAAGAUACUUGUUAACUGUUUGCCGUUAGACUUUUACGAGAGUACACGACAUGUACAGGGAGCAAUCAAUCAUGUGAUCUCGAGGUUGUUUUUAGAAAAAUCACAGAAGCAUUUUAUGAGUGAGUUGGGACCAUCAGAAGAAUACCCCGAUCCUUUGCCAGCUAAUGGAGGAGGAAUAAAAAGUGCCGCCUUCAUUGGAGACUCAGGCAUUAUGAAAACUGCUAAGGAAUCUGCUCUUAUAAUGAACAUUUCAAUUUUGACCAUAAUAGUAUUUUAUGUAUCAGUACAUUUGUAAUUAUGAUCAGUUUUUCAGUGCUAUAGAUUUUCCAAGUAGAAAGUAUUGUCCUGACAGGAAAUAUGUUGCAGUGAACCAGAUAAGCUAUAAUCAAUUAACUUCUUUAUACCUAGGUGUUUAAACAUUUUGAUAAACAAAUUGUUUUUCCCAAAAUGUCUAGUGUGCAUACAUACAAAUUGAAAUAGACAUUCUAAAGUGAGAUUUUUUAUAUAAAUUAAUCCAGGGCAUGUAGUUAUACUGUAAGUGAUUGAUUUUAUUGAAAGAUAUAUCCCUUUCUAGUUUCUAACCAAUGAGUCUUUGGUGUUUUUUUCAACCCAUUCUCCAUGUCUUAAUGUUGUGAUAUAUCAAAAGAGGAAUACAUUGAGAUCAUAUUGUAAAUAAUUAUGGUUACACCUAAACUGUUAAGUCUUGAAAAGCCAUUAUAAAAUAAUUUCUUCAUUUCUUUAUUGUCAAGACACAGCACUGAACUGAGCAAUGAUAUGGAGGAUCCCCAGCCCACUUCAGUCCCAUUUAUUACUCCAGACAGUACUGGCCAUGUAGCAGCACCACAGCAAGAACAUGAUCUUGUACAAAUUGAUGUCCAAGAUAUCAGCUCAGCCGCCCUUGGCCUACAAGCAACGUCAUUCGCCAUCCACCUGCUAAUUUAUUUGACCUCGAUAUGGCUGAUGUGCUGUAGCGGAGAAGAUGCCGAUGACGUUGGAUGCUGUUUAUGUUGUGCCGGAUGCUCCAUCAUGAUGUACCCAGCUGCAGGGUUAUUAAGUAUAGUCGGAUGUGGUGCGAUGUCUACCAUAGACGUGCCGGAAUUCUCGUACGGUUAUUCGUUUGGCCUGUGUCUCGCCAGUGGUGUCUACGUCAUGCUUCAGACUAUCCUGUUAUGCUGCUGCAUAUUCAAACCAAGAAAAGCCAGCGACAACGGUGACGACUUCCCGGCAUCCCGACAGACUCGAACCACUGUGGCGACCACUGUUGCCAGCAGUCAGCUAAAUCUCACGUACAACUACCAAGGACAGCAUGUAGCUAUUGUCAUGACGGAGAUAGAGGAACAAGCAAUGAUUAAUGGAGACAUGAUGUUUCGCAACUUGAGGAUCAGGCAGUUCGUUAGAAUUGUUCGCUGAUCACAGAACUAACAACGCACUUCAAUGUUUGCCUCUAAGUUAAGGUGUGUUAAGCGCGUACCAAAGACUCCAAAAGGGCUAAUAUAAUUUUCCCAUCAUUUUUGUUUAGUGUUGCUUUUACUAGAUACUGUUCUGCUAUUUUUGCUAUAUUUAUUUCGGAACACUUUUUUAUGUUUUAUUCCAAUCUUUUGACUCUUAGUACCACUGACAUGACUUGAAUGAACGAAAUGGCGAAAUGGUGCCUUGAAAAUAUUUACUUCGCUUGGCUCUCAUCAUCUUCAUUCUAUGUUAAUAGUAAUUUAACUCCGUCUCUGGACAUAGUUAUGGACUUCCGUUCUUGCAGUCUUCGUGUAUGUUGGAAAAAAACUUUGAAGCUUUUGAUAUCUCUAUAUCUGUAUUGUCACUGAUCAGAAUUAUUUACACUCUGUGUAUUUAACUUUUAACAUUUUGCUUUUGAGUUAAAUAUGACUUUAUUCGAUCUUGAUGUAUCUUAUUUCUAAAGUGUUUUUUAUAUGAAACAUGAUACAUUACCUAUUGUUUGGUAAAUAAAGUGAAAAAAGGAUUUUUUUAAAUUGAAUCUCUAUCAAUCACUACAGUUAUUGAACCAUAUUUCGAACUUUUACAAAGGUCAGGUCAUUUUCUGUUAGUCGUAUUUGACAACAAAUCAAUAUUACUGACGCCCGCCUUCUGUAACCUUUUGCAGAAUUAUGAGUCAGUUACCAUUAAUACUAUCUACGUAUCAAUUUCUCUGGGCUCUGAUAUGCUUCGUUUAUAAUCUUGUUCUGUAUUAAUCAAUGUAGAUCAGAAAUAAUAAUAAUUUGAGGCUCUUAUCCCACUUUUAUGAUAUGUGCUUAGCCUGUAUCAUGAUAUAAUUUAGCUAUUUAGAAAGGGUAUAAAUAGUUAAACAUAAAAUGUCCAUGAAUAGAUUACUAUGUUUGAAGUUUUCCAUGUUCUUAUGCAAUAAAAAGAACUGAUUUUAAAAUAAAAUAAAAUGUUUAUUUACCAUAUGGCCCGGCCAGGGUGGCCAAAAGUCCGAUGGUAAGCGUGUGCCACAUACUUGGAAUCAGGAAAGCGUUUCCGGACCGCCAGGACGCUCGUCCUUAUAUAGUACGACAAGGCAUUUGACAGCGCAAUUAUUUUAACCAUAACUGUUUCCCAGGCUUCAGAUGUUGUCUGACAUUUAUAAAGGUGUAUUAGCUGUCAUCAUUUCGGAUAAUGUGACUAAUUCGCCUCGUAAUGAGCUGUCGUUUUAUUUACUUUCGUCGAAUAUUUUAAAAAGAUAAUCAUGUAAUAGUUUGAUGUAGGCACGUAGUGCCUUUUAGAUUGUUUGCGCAUUUCAAUGUAUCAUAUUUAUAAGAUCAUGAGUAGUAUCAUUUUGAUUAAGAAAACGACGUAACCCUCCGACUCCCAUCCAGUACCUCCGCAAGUUAAUGUUACAUGCAGUGUAUCCAUAAACAGAACACUUUUAGUGAAAUUUUGAUGUAUGUAAUACCAUAGCAUCAAUUCAAAUACAGAUUUUUCGUGGUUUUUUUUUAUAAAAUGAUAUAAUCCACUUUUCUUUUUCUAUUACAAGUUUAUAUUUUUGGCACAUGGUUCUAUUAUUUUUUUUUUUUUAUAUCCAAAUAGAUAUAUA